CGCAACCAACAGGAGUCCAUAUAUACCACCUACACUAUUUGCACCGGGAUUACCGCCAGAGUGAGCCUAAUCGCAACCACAAUGGCUGGCUUCGCAUCCGCAAAUCUGCUGGAGAGAGUUCCCGAAGACGAAGUUCUCCCCGCAGAAUUCACCGUCAAAGCUCCGCCAGAAACAGAUAUUUGGGCCAAACCGCCUUCAACCGAGCGAUUCAACGCUCCUAUUCUGUACAAGUCCAUUCCACUGGACACUUUUAAGCGUGCUCGAGUGGCAUUCUCGGCCAACUGGAGCCAGAAAUACGACCAGGGCGGACUCAUCAUCGUUCUCAACGGAAACAGCGGGGAUCGGAAGUGGGUGAAAACUGGCAUAGAAUUCACUCAUGACAAACCGCAUCUGAGUACCGUAGCCAAGGACCGCUGGGCAGACUGGAGCCUGCUCCCGGUUCCAUCAGGUGGUACUGGCGCAACCCUAGAAGUGGUCAGAGAGCCAGACGAUAGCUUGUGGAUCUACCUUAUUCAAGGGGUACAAAAAUCCCCCAUCCGGGAAGUCACCUGGGUAUUUGCUGAGGAGGAUGUCCGUGAUGCCUGGAUUGGCGUGUACGCAGCGAGGCCAUCAAGUGCGGGCGGGGAUCUGGUAGUGAAUUUCGCUUCACUGAUAAUUGAGGUGACGGAUUCAACAACCAAGUAG